GUCCGCUGGCUAAGUUGAGUUUAUAGGUCAUAGCCUCCGUUUCCUCCUCUGCUUCUGUUUGUAGAUUUGGCUCUGUUUUUCCUUUUAUUCACAGUUGUACCGUUCAGGUUAUGGUCUCUGCUGCUCACCGGAAACCUGAGAGCCGCCGCUCAUUCUCAGCUCUCGGUUUCCCCCGCCUCCGAUUCUUCCGCUACCGCCGUUUGAGGUAAUCAGUGAUCACUCAAAAGUCAAACCCCGCACAAAGAAGCGUAGAGGACAUUUAUUUUUUGUAGCAGAUAUUUUUGCGAUAUAUUAUGCCGACGACACCGAAGACUAACCGGCAAGGACAAGACAUGGAGAAGAGCCGGAAGAACAGGCUAACAAAGAAGGCGUCAUCUUUCCACGGGAGGAUACCGGUUGAAUUGCCAGAGUCGAGGAUUCGGCGUCCAAAUACGUUACCUGACUUGCUCGGAGGCAGGAGGAUGGCCGAAGUAAGCACGGAGACGAAACCGAAGUUGACGAAGCUGCUAUUCAACGUGACGAUUCAAGGAAGUGUUGGUGCCGUACAGGUUUUGAUGUCGCCGGAAUGCAUAGUCGGCGAACUGAUCGCUGCUGCUAUCCGACAAUACGCGAAGGAAGGCCGCCGCACUAUUUUUUCAUCCGAUCCUUCCAAAUUCAAUCUCCAUUACUCGCAAUUCAGCUUAGAAAGUUUGCACAGAGAAGAAAAGCUAAUAGAUUUGGGAUCGAGGAACUUCUUUCUCUGCCCGAAAAAGACGGUGAUUGACCGUGAAAAUGAGAGUGGAAGUUCUUCCAGAGGCGGCGAUGUGACAAAAACGGCGUCGUCUUCAUCUUGCUCAAAAGAAGUUGGAGUUGCUAAAACUGGCUAUCCUUGGUUAAAAUUCAUGGAUUUCUUGCUGUAAUUAGCUGGAGAUGGUUAUUAUUAUUGUUGUUGUUACUUUCCAUUUUUACCACGCCAUUAUUAGCAAAUUGCCCAUGUAUAAAGUAGUUUUGGAUUAGUUGAAAUCUGCAUAAGAAUUAGAUUGCAAUUUAAAACGAAGAAAAAUUUGUUGCAUUUUAGGUGAUUUCAAUUCAGUGGAGCAGACUUAGCUUGUUUGUACGUCUCUCCUUGCCUUUUUCUUUUUGGGGUUAAUUUCCUGAUGCCGCUGGAAUUUGUACAGGUUGCGAAUUGUGGUUGAAUUGAGAAGAAGCUUUCGUUUUC